AUGGUUCACGAGAGCAUUCAAUGGGUGAAUGGUGAAGGCCAAUGUUCAUGUAACGCGCAAGUUAGUCAUAGUGGUGUCUUAGUCUCGGGUGUAGUUUUUGGAGAGACAAUAUCAUUUAACUAUCUCCCUUUCCUCUUAAAACGCAAAUCAACAAAUACAAACAUGCACGAUACCCUCAUAUCAACUCCCUCAUUCUUCCACUAA